UCACUUCCCCUUACAAGUUACAACUCACCAAACCAAAACCCCCCCCUGCUCCCUCUCACUUUCUCAACUUCAAACAACGACAAAAAUGAGGAUGGUAGACCUCGGCAACCAGCGAGGCCCCCUCUGCAUCAUCGACCCCUCCCAUCUCCCCUCCUCCGACUCCUCCGACUCCGACUCCUCCACAGUCACUACCACCACCUCCACCGUCACCGGCACCUUCUUCGGAUACCGAAAAGGCCGCGUCAGCUUCUGCAUCCAAUCCCACUCCAGCUCCGUCCCCCUCCUCCUCCUCGAAUUCUCCAUCCCCACCUCCUACCUAGCCAAGGAAAUGCAGUACGGCCUCCUCCGCAUCGCCCUCGAGUGCAACCGGGUCGGGUCCAGGUCCCGGUCGGGUCAGUUGUUUAACAUACCCGUCUGGACAAUGUACUGUAACGGCAGAAGGGUUGGGUACGCGUUGAAGAGGCAGAUGAGUGAAGGAGACGUUGCUCUGCUGUUGAAGACGAUGAAGUCGACGUCGGUCGGCGCCGGAGUUUUGCCGGGGUUGGUGAAGCCGGAGAGCGGGGACAUGAUGUACUUGAGGGCGAGGUUUGAGCGGGUUAUCGGGUCGGUUGAUUCGGAGUCCUUUCAUAUGAUGAAUCCGGUUGGGAGUACGGGGCAAGAGCUCAGUAUUUUUCUGUUGAGAUCUUAGAGAUGUAGAAUGUUUUGUAUUGUGGAUUAAUAUUAAUAAUUGUAUAGAUCUAGAGUGAAGUAGAUACUAAGCCAAAUUUUCUAUUGUACUUUUGAUUUUGAGUCAAAAGUGUGUACAGUUACCUUUUAGCAAGUUAUAGACUUAUAUAUGCAUGGACGGACUGGUACUUUAUAUAA